CCUUGGUUGGUGGAAGCAACGGACGGAAUUGUCCCCUUAUAAUGGGUACGCUAGAAGCCUAGAAUUAAAUCCUAUAUUCACAUAGCAUGUAAUGUGAUCUAGUGCUUAAUAAUAAAUUUAGAUUAUUACUCUUAAACAAACCAAAAAAAAACAAAAAAUCUCGUAAGAAAAAUAUGGAGUGCGAGAAAGAGAGCGCAGAAAUAAGUCGUCCUCUUGCUGAUUUUCAUCCCAACGUUUGGGGCGAUCAGUUUCUAACGUAUUGUCCUCCAGAUGAGGUUAUCUUAAGGAAAAUGGAGCAAGAGGCUGAACAACUGAAGGAGAUAGUGCGCAAAGAAAUUUUGGUUGUUGACAAGGAUCCAAAGGAAAGACUUGUAUUUCUCGAUAGCAUUCAUCGGCUUGGAGUUGCAUACCACUUUGAAAAUGAAAUUGAAGACACUUAUCAAGAGUUCCACAAGAAGAUGUAUGAUGAUAGUUCCUUCGAGGAUGAUCUUUAUUAUGUUUCUCUUCGCUUUCGUCUUCUACGACACAACAUGGUUUCAAUGUUUCAUGUGAUAAGUCACCAUCUUCAUCACCAUGAUAUUGUUCUUGCAUAGUUUUAUGUCAAAUUUUAUAUUAUUAACACGA